AUGGCCGACACGUCAUGUCGACACGAGACUUCGCAUCCUCGACCGAGCGACGAGCUCGCCUGCUUCGAGAACAAGAAGAAGGGAACACGUGCUGGUUGGUCGGCCAGUACUUCCUGCACGCAGUGUGCAUUGAGCGCCACCAUCGACGACAUCCCCUGGGUGCAGACGAUGGAGAAAUGCCUGGAUCAGAUGUCCUACCACACCGACUUCCUCUUGCCGCUCGACUGUCAGGGAAUGUACGUCGUGCUCGCGUCGGAGAGGGGGAAAUUACAGCUCCGGCCGGCGCUUCAGGACCUCUGGCGGCAGCAGCAGCAGCAGGAGCAGCAGCAGCACGCAGCGGAGCUAGGGCGGCGAGCCGUCGCCUUUGGCGAGGUGUCUGUUUCGAAACUCUCGCCUUCCGCCGAAAUCAUCGCGAGCCUCCUGUCUCUGCUCGACGUCGACAUCAAGAACGAGGACUCUGACAGGAGCAGCGACGGCGGAAGAAGGGCGUCGAGCGAAGAGCCGUUCGUGAAAGUGUUGGCCCCGGUGGACGCCGCAAGGGUGAACGGAGGGGCGGUGCCCUAUUUCGCGGAGGUGUACCUAGGAGAGGCUCUUGAGGAACGCCUCCUUGAAGUAAGGCACGGCAGGCGGCGAGAAGAUGGUGCUAGCAGCAACCCCGUUGGGGGGCACGAACCUAGUUCGGGACGCGGCAAGGAGCGGGGGCCUGGACACUCGCCGUGGCUUCCCCCUUUCCACCGGUGCGAAGUCCGUGCUGUCGUUGACGGCGUCGUCACUACUCGCAUCCCGAUCUACGAAGAUGGCGACGGCGACGUCACAACGGCCACCGCUGACGCUUCUUCCGAAAAACAAGAAGGAGGAGGAGAGGAUGAUACAUCGGCAGAAAACGGUGGCGGCGGCGGCAGCGACAAGAGAAAGAGAGCGGGGAAAGCCACCAGCCACACGAUCAGGAGGGCCGUGAUUCCCGACUACGGCACGCCCCGCUGCAGCGACCACCCUCGGGCGGCGGCGACCCUGGCGGCUACGGCGGGGGUAGCGGGGACGGCUGGAGCCAGCUGGGGUAACUACGAAGACAUGUGGCUCAUAGAGGCGCGCCAGGUAGACAGGGUUUGCACCAGGGAGGCCUUCGGGCCCCACCGUAUGCAGGGCGAGCUGGCCUGCUGUUUUUCCGACGGCGCCCACGCCGCCGACCGUGAAACUGGCGCCGUCGAGACCUGCCAAGUCCACGCUAUUUCGGCGCCGGUCGAGUACCACCACACCGGGCACCUCGCCGAUGUCUUGUCCAGCUCCUGGGCCGAGCAAGAACGGGGCUUUGUCUCUGGUUCUGGUGCCGGUUCGGGUGAGCCCGGACCAAGCGGCUUGCUUUUUGACCCGCCCCCGGAGGAGAUCUCGGUGUCGGUGUACGUGGAAACGGCCCCCGAUGCGGCCUCGGCCGUCAUGGCCGUUCCGAGAUGGAGCUCGGACGGGGACGUGUGGCUGGAGGCGUUUCGCACCUGUUCGGAGGCGUUCGGACCGUCACAAGGGUUUCUGAUCAACGUCAACGACUGUGUGAACCUCAUCACGACCGUAGUUUCGGCCAAGAGGGCGGACCUGUUCCGCAGGCUGGCGUUGCGAAUGGAUGCCUACGGUAUCAGCGUUCACCGCGGCGACGAAGACGUCGAGGGUCACACCGCCCGCAGUCCUGAAAAGGUGGAAGCUCUCGGGGCGAUGCCCCGCGAUGGAGGCGACCGCGUGAGAACAAUCUGCGAGGUUGGAUUCAACGCAGGGCACAGCUCGCUGAACUGGCUGCUGAACUCGCAUCCUUCCACGAGGGUUUUGGCUUUCGAUCUCGGCACGCACGAGUACGUCGGGGCCGCUAGGGAUUUUCUCCAGGCGGUAUUUCCAGGGAGGCUAGAGCUGGUUCUCGGAGACUCGAGCGAAACCGUCCCCGCCCACACGGCAGCAGAUGCGGCGGCCGGUCGAGAUCCCCGAGUUUGCGACUUGGUGUUCGUCGACGGUAACCACAGCGAAGAGGGCACCUACGCCGACCUAGUCAAUUUCGCGGCCAAGACUAACAGGUGA